AUGGACCCGAACGCUGGCUUGCUAGAUGGUGGCCUCGCGCGCUUGCUCGCGCACUCAGCGGCUGACGCUACCGCCUCGCAGUGGGCCCCCAAGGUGCGGCAGUUCCUCAACUGUUGUAUUCAGCGAGGCUGGCAGCUGACAUCCGAGUCGGAGGUCGACCGGGCGCUGGCAGACUACAUGGACAUCCAGUGCUACGGCGAGCGCAAGAGAGCGACCCUCGGCUCGGUGGUCCUGUUCGGCAUGUUGGCCAUCUACGCGAUCGCCAUCUACAUGAUCGAGCAGGGGCACUACGUGGAGGCCCACUGGACACUCACGCAGUACGACGUCUACGGCCGAGAGCAGGACAUGGAGAUGUUGAGGAUCGGGGGCGUCGUGUGGGGCGGCCAGUGCAUGGCCCUGGCCUUUGGUGUCUCGAGCCGCGGGGAGGAAGUCAAGACGGGCACCGACCAGGCCGCCGUCAUUCGGCGGGGCGCGGUCGCUAACUUAGUCCUGGGCCUGCGUGACUUCAGGACGGGCAAAGACGAGAAGCUCUUCGGCAUCGACCAGAUCCGCUUCGGGAAGCCAUGGCAUCAGGCCUGCCGCGCGCUGGGCAUGCCAUGGGCGCCGCCCCCACAUGGGAUCCGCCACUCGGGCCCCGGCGAGGACAUUGCCCGAGGCCGCGCGUCGCUCGAGCAGGUCAGGCGUCGUGGGAGGUGGAAGGCCCUGUCCAGUGUCCAGCGCUACUCCAAGACGUUUGCCCUGACCCAGUUCCGUGCGAGGAUGCCAGAGGUGGUCGGUGAGUCGGGCAUGCGAGCGGUGCGGGACCUGAAGGCAGAGAUCUUGCAAGCCCUGAGGAGGCGUCCACGCCCGCGCGGCAGCCUCCCCGAGGCCCUCGAGAAUGCCAUCAAGAAGAAUCUAGCCAAGGACGUUGCCGCCGAGCUGAUGAAGACCAAGAGCUCCAGGGCGCGCAGUUCCAAGAAGACCAACCAGACCGACGAUGACGACCAAUAUAGCCCUGGAG